GAUUUCGCUGAAGAAAAUAAUAUUGAACUGAGGCCAUCUAGAAUCAUUAGUGAUCUAGAAAAGGCAGCUAUAAAUGCUUCAAAAUCAGAGUUCCCUGACGUUAUUAAUAAGGCUUGUUUUUUCCAUCUGUGUCAGUGUGGUUGGAGAAAAAUCCAAUCCAGUGGAUUGGCUUCUCGCUACGGCACAGAUGAAAGAUUUAGUUUAAUGCUUCGUCAUUUAUUUGCGUUAGCGUUUAUACCAGCUGACGAAAUUUCAGCAGUAUUUGACACUUUACUUCCUCACUUGCCACCCGAUGCUCAAGAAGUCGUUCAGUGGUUCGAAGACAACUACGUUCGUGGAAGAAUGCGGCGCCGUUUGCGUAAUGGCAUUGCCGUUCGCGUUCCUUCGAUGUUCCCACCAGCACUCUGGAGCGUGUUUGAUUCCCUACAACUGGGAACUCCGCGCACUCAAAAUGCUGUCGAGGCUUGGCACAGAAGAUGGGAAUUGGACGGGCCCAUGUUGGCGUUUAUAACAUCAUAGAAGGAUUUCAAAAAGAACAGGAGCAUGUAGAAUACCAA